AUGGAGAGUAGAAUUCUUAAAAAGAAGAGGACUAUGGGGAGAAGGAUGCCUAAGUCCUUCUUCAGAAUUCUCCCCACAGAUCUUCAAUCCAAAAUAUUUUCUAAGCUAUCUUUGAAGGAUCAAUCCAAUGCCAUGUGUGUCUCGCCACAAUGGCGCGAUCUAAUUCUAAACACAACUUUACCAAAGAUGCACCCACAUAUACCAUUUGUGACUGCUCAUGAUUUACCUAACCCUUUUAUAGAUCUUGAACAAUUAUUCAAUUGGUGUUCAUUAGCUAUGCAUUGCGAAGCCGAUCCUAAAAAUCUUAUUAGCUCGAGCAAUGGACUACUCUUGUUUUGCCACAACAAGGGUGAGGCUGCAAACAUCAUGCGUGAUGUUUAUUACUAUUAUGUCAUGAAUCGCGUUACCAAGCAAUGCAUGGCAAUUCUGAAGCCUAUAGGUCAAAUUUCGGGAGGGUAUUCAUAUGCUGCUCUAGCAUAUGACCCUUCUGAAUCUUGGUUCUUCAAGAUCGUUCGUUUUCAAGGUCAUCGUCACAUCAACAUUUUCUCAUCUAUGACUGGACUUUGGACUACGUUGACUAUUUGUUUGCCCCAAUAUAUUAACGAGUCUAAAUGGGUCCAAAACUCAGUUUACUUGAAAGGGUCAAUUUACCGACUCUCCUGUUCAGGUCAUUUGGUGAGAAUUAAAGUUGAUCCUCAAGAAAAUAUUUCAAAACAAGCUGAGGUGAUAACACUACAUCCAGAUUGUUUUCUGAAUAAUUGUCAAUGGCAAAUAUGUUCUGAAAACAACAAGCUCUUGUUGGUCUUGUCUAGAGGAAUGUUUUUUAAUGUUUUUGAACUCAUAGAAUGUGUUACAAACAAUGUUAGCUCAUACACAUGGAACAUUGUGUUUGAAAUUGAGAGUGAGGAGUUGAUGCCUCUUAAUUUCUAUGGUAAAUUGCUAUCCUUUCACCCUUACCAUGAAGUGGCAUUUUUCAAACGUGGAACUCAACUCUAUGUUUACUUCACUGAGCCAAAUUUAAGCUACACUACCAUUGACAUUGAGGUUGGUGAGGUGCAAUACAACAAACUUGCUUAUGAUUAUAUAAAACAUUGUGGACAACCUUUGCUUGAUUGCAUUGCCCCUUUUGCUUGCACCUUAGAGAAGAAGGGAUGCAAGGCUCUUUGA